AAAAAUUUCGGAACUCGCUCAUGAUCCAGACGGAAGCUUGCUUUUCAUUUCAAUACAUGAGCUGACUUGGGUUGCGAGCGCGAGACAACUGUCGAUCUACUGCGAGCGGUAAAUGAGAGGACUCUGUGGAAGUCUCCUACAGCCAUGUCGGACUGUCCGAUUCGUCCGGACCCGUCAUGCCCGUCUAGCUCACCCAAAGGCUCAAGCUGGCAUGCGACCUUUGACCAACGAAUCUCUAUCUCGACUUGGGCGGCCCCAGCGACCGCGGAGCGUUUGCAGGACGUGUUUGCAUUGCUGUGCAGGAUCUCGUGCCAACUCGUCGUUGGCGGCUACUCCGCCGUCACCAUGGGUCACAGACAUAGAGGCUGAGCACGCAGAAAUCUUGAGAUGCUGCAAAGCCAAAGUCGAGGAAUACAAACGACUGUCGACUAUGCCGCUCUCGGACUCUUCUGUGGAGGAACUGAAAGAGCAAACCAGGACUCUGAAGCACCUGUCACGGCUCGCUGAGGCUUGGGACGCUUACAUUGGAACCCGAAAAGCCAUCAUAGAGCUGAGACCCCAUCUUCAAGAAGAGGACGAAAGUCUGCGAGAGAUGUUCGCCUCAGAAAUGGCCUCGCAUAUCGAGCAACUUGAUCUCAUCGUUCAAGAUCAGUUGUCCUCGCUUUUACUGCCUCAGCUGUCAUCGGAUUCGCUACCUGCGAUCUUGUCUUUGCAUGUCGGGAUCGGAGGAGGAGAAGCUGCACGCUUCCUGGAAGAGCUUGCCAAAAUGUACAAGGUCUAUGCCGCGAAGAAGGGGUGGCAGGUCGAGACUCUGAGCGAGGUGGAAGGCCCACAGGCAAAAGGCCCUGGCGGUAACGGCUUGCGGGAGACGACAAUGAAGAUCUUCCCCGGUGAAUAUGGGGAUGAAGACGCGUCUUGCUUUGGGGACAUCAUGUGGGAGUCCGGGAUUCAUCGAGUGCAGCGUGUUCCACCAGGAGCAACUGUGGACAAGAUGCAUUCCAGUACAGUCUCUGUAAAUGUGUCUCCCAUAUACCCUGAUACAGCUGAGGAGCCCCUCAUUGACCCUAAAGAUGUCAGACAAGAGGUCAUGCGUGCGCGGGGUGCGGGUGGUCAGCACGUGAAUAAAACGGAAUCCGCCGUGCGUUUGACGCAUGUUCCCACUGGUAUCGUCGUCUCGAUGCAAGAUUCAAGGUCUCAGCACGAGAAUCGAGCCUGGGCGUGGGACGUUCUCAGGGCGAGAAUCUCAGAGAGGAAGCGCAAAGAAGAGCAGGAGAGGCGGAGAGCAAAGCGAGCAGACAAGAUCAAGGGUGUCUUCAGAGGGGACAAAGUACGAACCUACAACUAUCCACAAGACCGAGUAACAGAUCACCGAAUUGGAUACAAUGCCUCUGACCUGGCCGGCAUUGUCAGUGGUGAAAACUUUGACAGGAUUGUCGCUGCGAUGAAGGAGGAUUUCUAUAAAAGGAGGAUCGAAGCUCUCAUGGAUGGCGAGGAAGACUUGGUCGAGUAGCGGAUCGAAA